AUGGCUUCUGACCUAGAGAGCAGCCUCACCUCCAUAGACUGGCUUCCCCAGCUGACCCUCCGGGCCACCAUCGAGAAGCUGGGAAGUGCCUCCCAGGCUGGGCCUCCUGGUGGGAGCCGCAAAUGUCCACCAGGCUCCCCCACAGAUCCAAAUGCCACCCUGAGCAAAGAUGAGGCUGCCGUUCACCAGGAUGGCAAACCCCGGUACAGCUACGCCACCCUCAUCACCUAUGCCAUCAACUCCUCUCCAGCUAAGAAGAUGACCCUCAGUGAGAUUUACCGCUGGAUCUGUGACAACUUCCCCUAUUACAAGAAUGCAGGCAUUGGUUGGAAGAAUUCAAUUCGCCACAACCUUUCUCUCAACAAGUGUUUCCGGAAGGUGCCCAGACCACGGGAUGACCCUGGAAAGGGCUCUUAUUGGACAAUUGAUACCUGCCCUGACAUCUCCCGGAAGAGACGACACCCUCCAGAUGAUGAUCUGUCCCAGGAUUCGCCAGAACAGGAGGCCAGCAAGAGUCCACGGGGAGGGGUUCCAGGGAGUGGAGAAGCCUCACUGCCUCCUGAGGGGAAUCCUCAGAUGCCACUCCAGAGCCCCACAUCGAUUGCCAGCUACAGCCAGGGCACAGGGUCUGUGGACGGCGGAGCGGUGGCAACGGCGGGUCCAGGUCGAGAGAGCACCGAGGGGCCCCCUCCCCUCUACAAUACCAACCAUGACUUCAAAUUCUCCUACUCAGAGAUCAAUUUUCAGGAUCUAAGCUGGUCCUUCCGCAACCUCUACAAGUCCAUGCUGGAGAAGUCCUCCUCGUCUCAGCACGGCUUCUCGUCUCUCCUUGGGGACCUGCCGCCCUCCAACAACUACUACGUGUACCAGCAGCAGCAGCAGCAGCCGCCGCCGCCGCCGCCGCAGUCACAGCCGCAGGCACCCGCCCAGGGCACCUCUGCCGUCGGGGGUGCGCCGCCACUGCACACCCCCAGCCCCGACGGCUGUACCCCACCCGGGGGGAAGCCAGCGGGGUCCGAGGGCUACGGGCCGCCCCCGGUGAUGGCCAUGCACCCGCCCCCACUGCAGCACGGAGGCUACCACGCCCAUCAGCACCACCCCCAUUCCCACCCCGCCCAGCAGCCGCCGCCACAGCAGCAGGCACAAGGCCAGGCGCCCAUCAACAGCACUGGCUUUGCUUUUCCUCCAGACUGGUGCUCCAACAUCGAUUCCUUAAAGGAAAGCUUUAAGAUGGUGAACCGGCUCAACUGGUCCAGCAUUGAGCAGUCACAGUUCUCAGAGCUGAUGGAAAGCUUGCGGCAGGCAGAGCAGAAGAACUGGAGCCUGGACCAGCAUCACAUUGCCAAUCUGUGUGACUCCCUCAACCACUUCCUCACUCAGACUGGUCACGUGCUCCCCCAGGGGGGCUCCCACCGGCCACCCGCCCCCACCCGCAUCGCGGACUCCUGUGCCCUCACCAGUGGCAAGCAGGAGCCGGCCAUGAACCAAGUGAACUCUUACGUGCACCCUCAAGCCCCCCAUCUCUACCCUGGCCCAUCACCAAUGUACCCACUCCCCACCCAGGACUCAGCAGGAUACAGUCGCCCAGCACAUCACAUGGUCCCUCGGCCACCGGUCCCACCUCCUGGGGCCAGUGAGGAGAUCCCAGAUGACUUCGACUGGGACUUGAUUACCUAG